UUCUCACGAGCUCAUUUCUCCUUUGGGUAAAGUUACCUAAUAAAACCAUGCAAGUUACAUUUGGUUCAUUUUCUAGAUGAAGAACGUGUAUGAUUUUCCUAUUGAAUAUGUUAUUGUAUCAAAGUUUUCUUUUAAAAUAACAGCUUUAUAUAUCACUUUAAAAAAUAAAAAUAAAUAAAAAAUCUUUGGUGGGCAACAUUUUCUUUUUUUAAAAAAGAAUUCGUUAAUAACAGAAGCUCAUUUGUCAAUAAAAUAAAAUAAUAAUUAUGAUAAAUAACAGAAGCUUAUCCCUUAAGUGGUGGUGGUGGUGGAGAAUAUCCACACAAUCGAGUGUUUUAGUUUCAUGUAUUGGUUAGUUCGGCCAUGUUUUAACACCAUACACAUAAUCAGCCCAAAUAUAACCAAUAAAACAGAGUAGAUAAAGAAACUAUAACAACAAACAAGUAAAAAAAAACUUAAAAAAUAAAUUAAAAUAAAAAUGAAAAGCAAAGGUAGUAAAUCAAAAAAAAAAAAAAAGAAAAAGAAAAAGAAAAAGAAAGCCGUAUAUCUCUGCUCUCCUCCAUAAUCAUCAUAAUCAUAAUCAUCCUCGAGUCUGUUCUUGCAUGGCAGGGUUGAUUAAGCGGCCAUUAUUGAUUAUGUUCCUUCUCCUUUUCUAUCAAAUGCUGGUAUCAAAAGCAGAACCUCUAUUAGAGUUGGUGACUCGUGUAUGCAGAGACGAUCGUGUGAAUAACCAAACUAUUUACGCUCAAAACUACGAUAUUAUAUUGGAGAGAUUGGCGGAGGGUAUGUCUGUUAGAGGUUACUCGUUCGGGGAAAUGGGGGACCCGCCUAACCGUGUGUUCGUUUUCUCUCAAUGCAUGGGUGAUCUCAACACCAAGGAAUGCUCCAUGUGCUUUAAUGAGAUUAAGGACAUCUUGUCUGGUUGCUUUCCCUCUUCUGGGGGUCGUAUUUUCUAUAAUGGUUGCUUUAUCAGGGCUGAGAAUUAUUACUUCUUCAAUCACACAGUUGAGCCUGAUGACUUAAGGGUAAUGAAUUAUUUUUUCCUUUAUUAUAUCUUCUUUAUAUAUAUGCAUGAGUUGUUGAUGAUGAUGAUGAUGAUUACAUGCAUGGAACUGGCUGGGCAUGUACACAUAUGUAUAUUUAUGCAGAGAUGCAGUGAUGGACUUGAUCUGAGAAAGGAAUACACGGACGUAGGAAGGAAACAGAUAGCGGAUUUGGUGAAGGUGACAAUGGAGAACGAUGGGUUCGGAGCAGUGUAUAAGAAAUCUAAUGAAGUAUCUUUUUAUGCUUCUGCUACGUGUUGGAAGACUCUCAACAGUACAUUGUGCCAAGAGUGCGUACAAAACGCCGCAGAUAGUUGCGCUGCGUGCCUACCCUCCGCCGAGGGUCGAGUCCUCAAUUCCGGCUGCACUGUGCGUUAUGCUGAUUAUGAUUUUGGGAACAAGCCCGACGUCCGCAGGGCCAAAGUAUUCAAUACUGCAGAAAUUCUGUUGACGUACGCUACAUAUGUUCUUGUGGGGUUGGCAGUUAGUGUAUUUGUGGUUAUGGUUGGUAUCUAUGCGGGUAAAGCUGCUUACAGACGAAAGAUUCGCCGCUUGAAGAAAAAAGUGAAAGGGCGACGGCUAGACAUAGCAUCAUCGAAGAAAGGUUUGAAAUUUUUGGAGUUCAAUUACUUAACACUUGAAAAAGCAACAGAAGGCUUUAAUGAUGCCCACAAGCUUGGUCAAGGAGGUUUUGGCGAAGUAUUUAAGGGAACUCUUGGUGACGGUAGAGAAAUUGCAAUAAAGCGUUUAUUCGCAACUGGGAAAAGUCAGACUGAGGAAAUAUGCAACGAAAUCGAUAUAAUAAGUAGUGCUCAACACAAAAACUUGGUUCGGUUCCUUGGUUGCUGCUUCACUGAGUCAAACAGCUUCCUUGUUUAUGAAUUCCUUGUCAACAAGAGCCUUGACCAAUUCAUAUUUGAUUCGGAGAGGAGUAAAGAAUUAGACUGGAAAAAGAGGCUGCAAAUAAUGAUUGGAUCAGCUGAGGGUUUAGAGUACCUCCACAAAGGGUGUCAAAUGAGGAUAAUUCACAGAGACAUCAAAGCUAGCAACAUUUUGUUAGAUUCAAAAUGGAUACCGAAAAUCGCAGAUUUCGGCCUAGCAAGAUUUUCUUCAGCUGGCAGCAACGUUCCUGGUGUUGCUAUUGCAGGAACAUUUGGUUACUUAGCUCCUGAAUACCUGGCACAGGGAAGAUUAACCGAAAAGGUUGAUGUUUAUAGCUUUGGAGUUCUUGCGUUGGAGAUAAUAAGUGGGGUGAGGAACAACAAAUUGAGAUCUAAUGACUCUUUUGAAACUCUAGUAGCUCAUGUAUGGAAACACUACCAAUCAAAUACAGUGUCAGAGAUCAUAGAAAACAGCUUAGCAAAUGAAGACUUUGGAGAUAUUGAAAGAAUUGUUCAAGUGGGACUGUUAUGCACACAAGAAGUACCAUCUUUACGUCCUAACAUGACAAUGGUAAUUCAAAUGCUUAAACAAAAUGACUUUGAAUUGCCUACACCAACAAAGCCACCUUUCAUUGAUGAAAAUUUGGAGUUGUCUUCUUCAUUCGAUUCUUGUCGAUGGCAACCUUCUUGUAUACCCGAUUUAUGUUCACCCCAUAUUGAGAGAGAGACUUAAAUAUAUGAUACAAGAAGCCGCAUAUUUAAUUUUUCUUUCUUUUCUUUUUUACUUUUUACUUUUUUUUUGUGUUUUUAUUUCUGGUCAUAAAAACACAUAUAGACAGGAUGUACCAUAACUUUUCAAUACAAGAUUUUUUUUCCCUUCAUUUAUAUAUAUAUAUAUAUAUAUAUUUGAUCUUUUAGUAGCCGCGAUUUUUGAAUUUUUAUAAUGGAAUUCCCAUUUU